AACGAGUUCGCCAUAACGCUGGACACGUAUAUCAUACGACUGGUGGCCGAUAGUCAGCACUCAAUGUGCGAUUGGAUAGACAGCCUGCGCUCAAAGCUCCGACAGUUAGACGUACUGCCCGCUCGAGAUAACCUAUACAUGAGGGAACCCCAGCCUCUACCACGUCAAAACUCAGUCACCAAUCGACACAACCAUUUCAGGCCACUACCGCCCAUACCGAUGCCACCCAAUGGCAUCGGUAGUCCGAGCAACAUAUCACUGGCUACUACUCCCACUCGACGCGCCGGCCCGGGAACGCCUGGCACUCCGUUGACACCUCUGUCACCGUUAGCACCGAUAGCCACAGUCUCGUCCGCAAACACCCCGACAACCAGUGCCUUACCAUUACCACCACUGGCCAGAGCUGAGACGCCUACAGAGAUAUACGAAACUAUAUUUGAUGGACAGCAACAGCACCGGCAGACUCAACAGCAACAACAACUACCAGCUCAGCCACCACUGCCUGCCCGGACACUGCAUAGCUCCCAGUCCUUAGCCAUGUCAGCCUCCGCUCCCAUCUCAUCCCCAUCAGGCGCUACAUUAGAGCCACUCAACAGUCACGUACCUGCAGAGGAGGGUCCGCCCCCUUACGAGUUGAUAGCGGCCACAUCGUCGGCACCGGUAUCUCUACGAGAGUCACAAGUUCUACGGUUACGCAAAGAGAUCGCUCACCCGUCAGGCGUUAGGCUUAUGGUGCGCAAAAAGGACUGUUAUCAUUCCAUAGCACUGGUAGACAUGGGCGACGGUGUAUGGUUAGCCGGGUGGCGGCAAAAGGAGUUCCCUGUACUGCACAACACGUUUCACAUCGGGGAUCGACUACUUAGUAUUAAUGGAGACCCGGUAACCACGGCCUCCCAGGCAUACAAACUCAUUAAACAACACCAGUUGGUGCUGGAGAUUAUCGUACGUCGGGUGCCUUACGGCCGGGUAUUUUGCAUCAAACGACAGCGUGAGGGACAGGACUUAGGGCUUGUGAGGGAUGGGAAUAAGGCUGAGAUCGUGGCUGUGGUGACGGGAGGGCUGGCCGAUAAGGCAGGCCUGAACUCGCGGGCCGAGUAUGGGGACGGGGAGUGUAAUUGGUGUCUAACCGAAGUCAAUAAUCGUGCGUUAAGUAUGUUUUUUAAGGGACAGGAGGUUCGCGAGCGCCUACAGGCGGUGGGCAAAGAGAUAUCUAUUUUAGUUCAACCAAUGAUUUUCGUAAAACAUCUCAAGAAACAGUUGAAACAAUUCAGGAAUUUUAAGGAUUAUAUCGUUCAAUGA